AUUCGAACAGAGCCGUGGAGUAAUCUUCCCCUGUUUCGCCAACCAUCCCAGCGACAGAUCGCUCAGCUAGCGGGAAAAAAAUAUUCGCUCUGAAUUCUGCUCCGGUGAGAGGGAGAAAGCUACAACCACAUUUAUUCUUCCAGUUCCAAGUGUGAUGAGUUCUUGGCUAUUUUUUUUCCCGCCUUUUUAUUUCCUCUACGUUAAAAAUAAGCGUACAUGUAUCAAUUGCAAUUAUCUAAAGUUUUUUUUGGUUUCGUUUUGUUUAAAGUUUUGUUCUGAUUUUUUAAUUACGCUAGAAUGAAGUGAUUUUUUUGUUUGUUUCGUAGGAUUUGAAGUUGCUCAUUUUUCUCAAGGUUGAAUUGCUUUUUUUUUUUUUGUGGGCCAUUUCGGUUUUCCUAUUUCCUACAACGGACGUGAAAAUGCAGGGAUGCCGCAUGAUGGCAGCGCUAUUGACAAGGAUACGGUCACGAGGGAGAGCCGAGUGUAUCAAAAAAUUAUCAGAUGACCUUUUCACACGGAUCAUGUGCCAUAUUGUGUAAUCGAUGGGUCAAAUGUGAUACGAAGACCUCAUUGGGUCAGCGCAGACCUAGAGGAGUAUUUUUUUUUUGUUCUUCUGUGGUGUAGCUUUCUUUGCCUCCUGAGGAAGGAUGCAUGCGUGGACAGAGGUGACCUUCACCUACCAAAGGAUAAUCUUCCUCCUCCACUGUUUGACGUUCACCUUGACAGCCACAAAUAUUGAUUACGACUACCAAGACGACGACCACCCGACAUUUCUACCUCGUCCUACGAAUGUCUCUUUCAACCGAGGUGAAACCGCCAUUUUAGUCUGUGGCAUAGACAACAUCGGAACACGAACGGUCAUAUGGCGGAGAGCGUCUGACCCAAAUCCCUUGACCAUUGGGUCAGACGUCUACGUCGGUGCGUCCCGGUACGCGGCACGGAACAGCCCAGACGACAAGGAAUGGCGGCUGAUCAUCUAUGACGUCAGAGACAGUGACGCAGGCGUGUACGAGUGUCAGAUCAGCAGCAAGAAGAAGCUGAUCUACCACGUGCUCCUGCGCGUGGAGGAUGGUGCUACCAGGGCGACACCUGAGCGAGAAGAUGAUAAAUAUUUGAAACAAGAUCACAAUGUCCCUGAUUUGGUCAAGUCCCCUGACAUAUUCAUAUCCGGAACGACGUUCGUAGAGAAAGGUGACCCCAUAUAUCUCGCCUGCAACGCUUCGGGUCAUCUCGGCCCGCCAGAAGACCUGGACUGGUUCAAGGACGGUCAGAAACUGUCCCCGGACGGCAUCCGCCAGGUCAAAAUUAACAAGUUCAAAGUUCCGGCCUCCCGGACGCUUGUUAGCAAUGUCGCCAUCAAGCACAGCCGAAUGGAGGAUGCUGGGACAUACGUCUGCAGGUCAAGUAAUCUAGUGAUGACCAGUUUGAAAGUUCAUGUUUUAAAUGCUGGAUCAAUCAACGUACGGCGCGGUACGUCUGCCACGGACAAAGUUGAUGAGACAGGUGGCAAAGUUCUCAAAGACAGGGACAUUCACAAUGACACAAGCGACGCAGUCAGGAAUUCCGGAUCUACCCAGGAGUUUUCAGCCAGAUUGGUUUAUUUGGCGAGCUUAUUAACUUCUAUCAACGUUUUAAUAAACUAUUUAAACUUAAGUUGCUGAAAAUCUGGCAUUGAAGACGACAAUAAGCCCAACAUGCCAGGUAGUUUCUCUACGCCGGCCAGUUGAUAAGGACAACACAAAAGGACGAGGGGGAAAUAAUGGGAACUGAUUUUCAUACAUUGCCCUAUUUUGUGCUUCUUGAUGUAAACUGGAAACGACGUGUCCAUUAGAAGCUGGCUACCACAUCUCCCUCCUUCGAGAUACAAAUGUGUCCAAAAGUCUAAGACAAUCUCAGUUAAGCCCAUUGGCCUUGUCACAUUGCGUGGACUGUGUUUAUCUAAGCAGUCAACAUUACUUAACAGUUCUGGCACUAAGCUCGCAGUCUUUGGAAUAAGAAGAUAAACUAGGUUAAAGAGAGGCACUGGCAUAUAUAAGAUUCGCAGAGUCAAGGCUCCAACCAAAUGUGUUCUAAUAUAAGAAAAAUAUAAUAGAAAUAAAAGAAAAAAGAGAAUUCAAUAACAGAGAAAAUGCACACUACUAAAUACAACAGUUAUACCCCUUUCAAAACAAAAUGUCAGAACUCAAGUCAAUUAUUUAUUAUAAUUCUCUUUUAAUUUUUAUGUACAUUAUAAACAGGCAUAUUUAAAAGCAAGUCACUUACAAACCAACAAAAAACAUCUUGAAAUGCAAUGGUUCAUUCAUAUUCCUGUACACCAUUUGUUUGCUAACAGCACAGUGAAUUCCUCAAAGUUUUUUUGUUGUUUUUUUUUUUGCUUUGUAUGAAAGACCAGGAAAAUGUCAGCAAGUAAUGCUAAAAAUUAAAAUAUAUUUUUUUGGAAGUUAAAGGUUGUUAUGUCUGUACAUGAAAAUGGCAGAAGCGACACGAUGAAACCCUGAGAUUCAUUACAGCCUUCGCCGACUGUGGAUGAAUUAAUAAAUGUAGUUUGAAUUAUAUUGUUUUUCCAACCAUGAUCAACCACGUAGCAAAAUCAAUGUUUUCUUUUCCAACCAGUCCAAGAACUUCCUGAGCAGAUCUCAACAUGUGCCAUACCUGGGCAGAGCUCUUGAAUUUUCUUUUUGCUUUCUGAACUAUACUGGACAUUUACGGAUGUGAAAGUUGACUUUAUAAUCAGCAGCAGUCCGCUGGACGCUGAUUAUGAAAGGUUCUGUUGGGUGACAGACAAAAGCAACAAGGCGUCGAUUGUUUGGUGCUAUUUGCCGUUCGGGUGGGCCAGUAUUGAUUUUGAAUCUCAACAUCCCAGAAUUCCUUGUAAAAAAUCUGUUGACAGAAAAAAAAAAAAAAUUUAGUAUGAAAGAAAUAUUAAAAAGCCUCAAUGAUAGAUUUAAAUUUGAAUUUACUUUUUAUCUUCUGCGUCCACUUUUUUUUUCUGAUCAAAUGAUAGAAAUGACAUUUUUGAUAACUUUUUUUUUAUAUACCUAAGUGGAGAAUGUCUAGGAAUGUAUUAUUUGUUUGUUUUAUUUCAUUAAGUUGAAAUCUAUGUUGCUAUUUUUUAAUCUACAUUUUUAAUGUACGAAUUUUUUAAAAAAGUUGGUUUAAGUUUUUACCUUUUUUUUAAAUGUAACUCAGGGUCUAUUUUCAAUUAACAAUAAAAAAUAAAAUGUCAAACCAAUUUUUGUGCUACGAACAUAAACAAUCUCAGUGUUGGUCACUAGCUUUAUAAAGAUUAUAGUCAAGUUAGAAGAAUAAGGAUUAGGAUAAUAAAGAUAUAUUAUAAAUAUAAUAGGGGGGUGUUGUGGCUGAGUGGUUAAGCGCUUGACUUCCGAACCUGGGGCCCUGGGUUUAAAUCUCGGUGAAGAAUUGAGUUUUGAAUUUCUGGAUUUUUAAGGCGCCCCUGACUCCACCAAACUCUAAUGGGUACCUGACUUAAGUUGGGGAAAGAAAAGACUGGCCACAUGACACCAUGCUAGUUAACCGUUGCUAACAGAAACAGAUUAACUUAACAUCAUCUGCCCUAUACAUUGCAAGGUCUGAAAGGGGAACUUUACCUUCAUAAUUACAAUUGCUAGCAUCGUCAUUUUUCUAUCAUUAUUUUAGCAUCAUUUGCUAUUCUUUUUUUUUUUUUUCAAAUCAAUUUUAAUUUUGAAACCAAAAUUUUUAUUAAGCUUCAGACUGCCAGUAAACGUCUUGAAGAGUUUGAUAGAGAAAUUAAAUGCCACGAAUGCAUGAGACUUUCAAAAUGUCUAAUUCUGAUCUUGAUCGUCGUAAAUUGCAUUUAAAACAAAAUUUGAUGCAUUUGUACCUCACACGCUCAAUGAUGGAGUGUUUGAAUAACCGGGGACCAAAUUUUAUGUUAGCACUACACUAUUAAAUAUUUUGUCUUGUGUUUCUAAUGAAAUGACUGACCAUUAUGGUUGCUGAUGUGAUAAGAAUUUCUGUGGUGUAAAGAAUAUGCCAACUGUACAUGUUUUUGGAAGUUUUGUUCAAACAUUCUUUCACAAAAAUGUUAUUUAUUGCUUGCAAUUGGCAGUUAUAUCCUACUGCAUUUUUGUUUCUAUUAAACCAUUUGACUAUUUCAAUUUUGAUGUCAAGUUGUAACUAACAGAAAAACAAACAAAAGAAAAAAAAAACAAACAAAAGAAAAAAAAAACAAACAAAAGAAAACCA